AUGUCGUGCCGAGAAAUCGUGGCAUUGCUGUCAGGAAUAAUUGGGUUGGGUGCUAUCAUCGGAGCUACAGUGUCUAAUGAAUGGAAGAGCACAAGUAGGGCUUCUUCUGUUAUUACAGCUACAUGGGUAUUUCAGGGACUUUGGAUGAACUGCGCUGCAGAAGCAAUGGGUAAUAUGGCAACAGAAAUAACAGCAUUUGUGGUGGCCACAGCAGGGUGGGUGCUGGUGUCUUCCACAUUACCAACAGACUACUGGAAAGUUUCCUCGAUUGAUGGCACAGUUAUUACUACAGCCACAUACUGGUCUAAUCUUUGGAAGACUUGUGUGACUGAUUCCACCGGAGUUUCCAACUGCAAAGACUUUCCAUCAAUGCUUGCUCUAGAUGGCUACAUCCAGGUAUGCCGAGGCUUGAUGAUCUCAGCUGUGUGUCUUGGCUUUUUUGCAACUGCGUGUGCUCUCUUGGGAAUGAAGUGCACCAAAGUAGGAGGAAAUGAUCGAAUCAAAGCCAGGAUUGCAUGCUGUGCUGGAUUGCAGUUUUUUGCCAGCGGGUUGUGCUCUUUGUCUGCCUGCUCGCUGUAUGCCCACAGGAUAACAUCAGAGUUUUUUGACCCCAUGUUUAUGGCACAAAAAUAUGAAUUGGGUGCUGCCCUGUUUAUUGGCUGGGCAGGAUCUGCACUUUGUAUUCUGGGAGGAAUUGUAUUCUUUUUGUCACUGUCUGAUGGCUUCAACAAAAGCCAAACCAACACGAAUGGGAGACGGUAUGUGUAUCAUACAACUUCUUAUGCCUCCUCUCCUGGGAAGUCAAAAAACUCUACAGCCAAUGGCAGAAAACCACCUAAAGAUUACAGCAGCACUUCACUACAGUUCGAUAAAAAUGCAUAUGUUUGAUAUACACAAAGAUCUACCCUCAUUUCCAUAUUAGAACCAUACUUUUAUAUAUACUAUUAUAUAUAAUAUAAUAUAAAUAAUGUUAAAAAUACAAAUAUACUGUACAUCCUUUUCUUAACAAAUUUAAGUUUUAAGCGUCCAAAAAGGGGGAAAAGAACCCACUUUCACUCUUUUGAGAAUGGAAUAACACUAAACACAGUAAGACAGAUAAGAAGUUUUUACCACUUUACACCACAUAAUAAAACUGCAUACCCCAUUUCUGGAAAAG